UCUAUCGUUAAAUAUCAACAACCUUUACUACCAUAACUUUUACACUAUGGCAAAGUUAACUUGGCUUAUCACCGGUGGCUCUAGUGGCUUCGGUGAGCUUUUUGUCCGCCAGCUCACAGCUCAGGGGGACCAGGUCGUCGCGACCGGCCGGAAUGCUGAGAGCCGUCUCGCACACCUUGUUGAGACAGGCGCAGCAAUACUAGAUCUCGAUGUCACAGCUCCGCAGGCUGAGAUCGAGAAGAAGUUCAAACAGGCAUGGGAAGUUUACGGGGUGAUCGAUGUACUUGUCAAUAAUGCUGGCUAUAUUCAGUGCGGAGCGAUGGAGGAGAUAACUCAGGAGGAACUGCAACGCUCCAUCGAUACCAUGGUACAUGGUCCUAUUAAUCUCACACGUGCUGCGCUCCCGUACUUCCGUGAGAGAGGUUCAGGCUGGCUGCUCUACAUGAACUCGCAGUCAGGUUUCGUCGGUGAACCGGGCGCGACGGCAUACUGUGCCUCAAAGUUUGCCAUUGAAGGCGCGGUUGAGAGUCUUGCAAAGGAGCUCGCCUGGCUUGCCCCUGGAAUCAAGCCGCUUAUCAUCGAGUCCGGCAUCCAUGGUACUGAGGUUAUGGCGAAUCUCCAACACGUCACACCGCGAGUGCCGUUCUGGCAACCGCUUAACGAGGCCGCACGCAUACGGGCGCGCGGUAACUAUGAGAAUCCGGCUGGAGACGCAGCCGACAUGAUCUCUAAGGUGAUACAAAUCGUUAAGGGCAUCGGGGUUGCUGCUGGGAAAACAAUCCCGUUGCGCAUCCCAUUUGGCAGCGACUGUCUGGCUGAGAUGCGUAAGAAGAUUGAGGACCUACAGAAGACGUACGAGGAGUGGGAGAGCGUGGCUAAUAGCACUGACAUCGAAGAGGGGAAGAGACCGAUGCCUCGUCUUCCCGGAUUAGAAGCCGUGUAGUAAAUACACUGCAAAAAGAGGGAUACAUAUGUGUGUAUAUAUAUCCCUCCUUCGAACCUGUCAGUCUUUAAAAUAAAAGUUGCGCUUGAACUUUGACAAUGGCGAGGCGAAAUAGACUACGCAGAUUUUUAUGUGAUCACCCCUGAACUUUAACCAAUUAAUGAUGGGCUAUAUGGCUUUAUAACUGA